UCAGUGUGCCCUGAUGAUCAGUGUAGCCCCAGCAGUGCCACCUGUCAGUGCUCAUCAUAGCCAGCUGUCAGUACUCAUCAAUGCCACCUAUCAGUGCCCCUCAGUGCCUCCUUCCAGUGCACAUCAAUGCCACAUAUCAGUGCCCAUCUGAGCUACCUUUCAGUGUCACCUAUCAGUGUCAGUCAGUGUCACUUAUCAAUGCCAGUCAGUGGCACCUAUCAGUGCUGCCAAUCUGUGUCACCUAUCAGUGCCAGUCAGUGCUGCCUGUCAGUGUGCAUCAGUGCCGCCUAUCAGUGCUUGUCAGUGCUGCCUAACAGUGCCAGUCAGUGCCCCCUAUCAGUGCCAGUCAGUGCUGCCUAUUAGUGCCACCUAUCAGUGCUACCUAUCAGUGCCAUAUAUGAGUGCUGCCUUUCAG